AUGCUGACCUGUCAGUCCACAGCGGGAUCUACAGCACCAACCCCUCUUCCCCCCGUUACACCAGCAGUGGGAGCCCCUAAUGUCCCUCGAGAUCACCCACUCAUCGCCGAGAUAUUGGCAAGAAACCUACAGGUAAAGACGCGAUCAGUGCAGUACGCCUGGACACACACUCUUAUGACUUCACCACACGAUAAUCCCUCCGUGUGGCUACAUCAGCUUUAUCAGGCUACCUUGGAGGCCAGUGCUGUACCCGAGAUCUUGAUCACUGCAAAGGAUGUCGUCGAUACCACUCUGGUAUCUCUUCUGUCCGAUCCAGUACAGACGCAAGAGAUCGCUUGUGUCUUUCUCGACCUGGUAGCCUUCUUUGACAAGGAACGGAAACCUCUACCUCAAGCCAUACUGGACGCGGCCAAAGGUAGCGCUUUGAAAGGAUUUGGCGGAGACCUCGAAAAUCCUCUGCCCGCAAUCUGCGUAUGGUAUGCGGAACAGCAGGCCGAGGGAGAUCUGUCGAGUGAAAACAUUGCUAAUCUCGUCGAGGCUAAUAUACGGAUCGGCUACGACUCAGCCUGGUCGUCGCUCCUAUGGAGGCGUGAUGAAUACGGCGAGCAGCCCAAGCCAUUUUGGAUCACUCAGCUCAGUCAUUGGCAGACCGCGUUGGAUGAGCAGGACCGCAUCGAUGGGACGUCUGACGCCGUCAGCUCAUUCGACUCCUUCAAUACCCGCCUCAUUUGCCAUCACGCUCUAGGCCAAUUCGAAAAAGGCUACAAUCUUGCUCAGCGACUCUUCGAAGGCUUGACUGACUCCCAGAGGAGAAGAGUCUCCCAUUGGGCAUGCGCAGCUGCGUGGCACAUGGGGGAUUAUGAGGCGAUGGCCGAUUUCAAUGCCUUCCAUCCAAAGGGAACAUCCAAGUCGCUGUAUAAAGCGAUUAUAGACGUCCAUCAUGGCCAGUACGCUUCCGCAUUUCACCAUAUCUCCAAAAGUCAGUCUCUUUCGUAUGACGAGCUACAGGCACAGCUUGAAGUAGGACCGCAAAUCGCGAUUAAAACACUUGCGAAAACGGAAUGCCUCGUUGAAUUGCAAGAAGUCAUACAAUACAAGUCGCAACCAGGCAUCCAAAAACAUCUGCAAAGUGUGUGGAAAAAUCGUUUCAAGAGGAGCCAUGCCGAAGCCAACACUUGGCUCAAGCGAUUACAGAUCUGGAAGAUGGCCUGUCCUCCUACCGAGAUCGGUUUGCAAAGAUGCUAUCUUGACGCAGCGAAAUUGUGCGAGAGUAGUGGCAUGCACGAAGCGGCUCAAAAGCUUCUGGAAUGGGUCAAGCCCGAAACCCAUCCACCGGGAUGCAAGGUACAAUACACCCAGAUGCGCUUCGACUGGAAAGAGGCGGCAGAGAAACAGGACCUGACCAGAAUGAAAGACAUUGUCAGUCGACUGCACAACCAUACGGCCCGCUACCUCGAGUCGGUUGCAAUAAAUCGUGAAGAAUUGGAAAGCGAAGGCCUGGGUCUCAGACCGCUCGCAUCGGUCCAGGACGUUGACGCUUCCAUUCGAAACAUAUUGGCCAGGCGCUACUACCGGCUCGCGCAAUGGACAGAGCUCAGCCAAGGUGGCUUUUGGCUGACUGAUCCCACAUCUGAGGUGUACAAUUACUAUUCCUUGGCGUACAAAUUGGACGACUUGUGGUUCAAUGGUGCCUACUCCUUGGCCCAAGCAGCCAUGAACAUCUUUGAGACUGGUUCGCAUUCACAGAAGGAUAGAAUAGCAAUAAAUAGUUAUGUCGUCCCCGCCAUUCGUGGCUUGUUCCAAGCUGUGCGGUCUCGCGAGACACCUGAGAAGAUGAUCAAAGCACUCCUCCGUCUCGUCACACUUUGGUUCCGAUAUGGCGAAUCAGAAUCGGUAUUGGCAGAGGUUCAGCAUCAGCUGUCUGCCACAGCAAUCUCAGCUUGGCUCAUGGCCAUUCCCCAACUGAUCGCUCGGCUGGGCACUCUGCAUCCGGAGCUGCAGGCUCUCCUCAUCGAUCUUCUCAAAGACAUAGCGAGACAAUUCCCCCACGCUGCUAUCUGGCCGCUCUUGACUGCGAGUCAGACCCAGAAGGUCGAGCAUGAACGGGCAGCUCGGAUGAUCAUGGAUCAUAUCUGUCAAAUGCAGGAUGGCACUACACUGGUCAAUCAAGCUGAGCUCGUUGGCCGCGAACUCAUCAGGACAUCAAUCUCGUGGAUGGAAAAGUGGCGGAAUCUCAUUGAUCGGUCCUUGCCCCGACAGGAUCUGAUGGAAAUCGCCUGGCACGAAGUGCCUCAAGCCUGGGAAGCCGAGAUACAGAGACUUGCAGAGCCAGAGACACCAGAUGAGGAGCAUUUCGUGCAGUCUUUCGGGCCGCAAUUACAUUCGAUUUACAAGGUCCUUCUGAAAUACCAGCAGACGAAACAGCUGUCGCUUGUCAAUACCGCCUAUAGCGAUCUAGAGCUAUGGCCAUUUGCUGAUAUUGACAAUAAGCUAUACGGCGAGCUUGAUGCGCAAGUCAACCAGUGGAGACAGCCGGGGUCCAAGUUGCAGCUUGCGAGCACGGCUCCGAGGCUACUUGCCAUCCGGGAAUGUAUCCUGACAGUACCAGGGCAAUAUGAUCCCAAUGUCAAUCUCGAUGAUCAAGCAUUCAUUGAGGCGUUUAUGCCGGUGGUCGAUGUACUGGCCACCAAACAAAUUCCUCGAAAGCUCAUUAUCACUUCGCUGAGAAAAGAUUAUACUUUCCUAUUGAAGGGCAAUGAGGAUCUUCGUGGCGACGAACGGAUCAUGCAGCUAUUCACGCUCAUCAAUACUCUGCUCAACCACAACUCGGAGGCCUUUGGACGAAAUCUUCAUCUGCUUCCCUAUGAAGUCAUCCCACUCUCGCCGUCAGCUGGGCUGGUCUCAUGGGUCGAAAACACUCAACAGUUGCAAGCGAUCAUCCUGUCGAACAGAGAGAAGUGCAAGGCGAGCAAUCUGUCCAACAAGGAGCUCGCUUCAAUCUUAGGAUAUGAUCCUGAGAAUUUUGACACCAAGCAUGACCGACCAAAGCUGGACCCUCCGGCCGAAAUGGAUCGAUACGACAAGUUGCCGCUGCCGACCAAGGUUGAGAGGCUGAAGGCAGCACUGUCUCACUCCAAGCAGACCGAUCUCAAGGAGGUACUCUGGUCACGCAGUCCCUCUGCAGAGAUCUGGAUUCACCGUAGAACCAACUUUGCCCGUACGAUUGGCAUCGGAAGUUUCGUCGGCUAUGUCAUCGGGCUUGGUGACAGACAUGGCUCCAAUAUCCUCGUCAAUCAAUUGACUUGGGGCGCGCUUCAUAUCGACUUUGGAGAUCUCUUCGGCGUGGCUCAAGAGCGUUCAUUCCUGCCAGAGAAAGUCCCCUUCCGUCUCACAAGGAUGAUGACGAAUGCUAUGGAGCUUGCCUGCUCCCAAGGGCACGUCGUUCCAGGGUCAAGGGGCUCCUUCAAACAAGCAUCGACCAUCUGUAUGGGUGUCCUGAGAGAAAGCCGCAGUACCUUGCUUGCCAUGCUCGAGGCAUUUCUGUACGAUCCGCUCCUAUCGUGGACGGUGAGUCAUCUUCAUGACUCGGUGUUGACUGCGCCAGGUCAAUGCAAUGCCAUCAGAGCAGAUCACAGUAAUGAAGACAUAUACAAUCACAUCGACAACUCGCUCAUUUCGAUGUACCUGGACACGGACAGCUACAUGGCCAAAGCAUCCACAGGAAUCACCAACUCGAAAGCUUUGCAUGUAUUGACGCAGAUUGAACGCAAACUCGCUGGAUAUGGACCUGACAAAGACCACAAAGACACCAUCUUGUCUGUUAAGCAUCAGGUCCAGGGAUUGAUCGAAGAGGCCACGAGUGUAGAGAAUUUGGCCCAAGGCUACGUUCUGGGAUGGCUGCCUUAUUGGUAG